AUGGACUCGGACUCGGCACCACAGAGUAUGAGGCGCAGGUCUAGCCGCCGUGGGUCAAUACAAUCGGAGGACUGGCCUGAGGCCAUCCCUAUGUCGAUUCCCACGCAUCGCGAGAGGAGGGACUCGGCACCACAUAUUACGAGGCGCAGGUCCAGCCGCCGUGGGUCAAUACAAUCGGGGGACUGGCCUGCGGAAGUUCCUAUGUCGCUCUCCCCGCACCGCGAGCGGAAGCACCAUGGAGAACGAAACGGCGGGGUUAAAAUCCUGAGUGAUGGCCGCCUUGAUAUAAAGAUCAACGAGCAUAUGCCACAACUCGCAGGGCUAUUGAAUCGCAUCCAAACGUCAACAAAGCCACCAGACCUGGAGGCUCUGGAGGGACAACCGACACCAGAAGCAAUACCACCAGAUGAAGGCAAAGACUUCCCACUGAAGCUGAACAUCGUCAUUCAAGUGAUCGGGUCUCGGGGUGAUAUCCAACCGUUCGUUGCGCUAGGAAAAGAGUUGAAGGCAUAUGGACACCGCGUACGACUAGCAACCCACCUCGUUUUCCGGGAGUUUGUACUUGACGGCGGCUUGGAGUUCUUCAACAUCGGUGGUGACCCAGAGGAACUGAUGGCUUUCAUGGUCCAAAAUCCCUCCCUACUCCCCGCAUUCAGCACGAUUCGCAGUGGAGCCAUCCAGAAACGCCGGCGCGAAAUGAAGGAAAUUAUAUACGGCUGUUGGAGAUCAUGUAUUGAAACAGGCGAUGGUACAGACCUGCAUCAAAUUAAAGAAGAUCCCUGGAGUGAGGUGGUGGACUAUCGUCGCAGACCAUUUGUUGCUGAUGCAAUAAUCGCUAACCCGCCCAGCUUGGGCCAUAUUCAUUGCGCACAGCGGCUGGGAAUUCCACUUCAUAUGAUGUUUACAAUGCCCUGGUCGCCUACCCAGUCGUUUCCGCAUCCUUUGGCUGUUCUCCACCAGCAGGAUUGCAAGCCAACAGUUGCAAACCUCGUAUCCUAUACCGUUGUGGAUAUUAUGAUUUGGGAGGGAUUGGGAGAUCUCGUCAACUCGUGGCGAAAGAGGUGCCUCGCACUUGAUCCGUUGGAUUCAAUUACGGCGCCCAGUCUGCCCCAGCGCCUCGGCGUCCCGUUCUCAUAUCUGUGGUCCCCGGCAUUGUUGCCAAAGCCACGCGACUGGUCUGAUCACAUCGAUAUUUGCGGCUUCAGCGUGCUACCUACAAAGUCAGACUACAAACCUCCAAAAGAGAUAGAAGAUUUUCUAAAAGCAGGACCCACUCCAAUAUACGUUGGAUUCGGCUCUAUUGUGGUAGAGAACCAAAUAGAACUAACUCAAAUCGUGUUCGAGGCGAUAGAAAACGCCGGCCAGCGAGCAAUCAUUUCAAAAGGCUGGGGAAACCUCGGAGUCGAAGACGUCGAUGUACCAGAUAAUAUCCUCAUCGUCGGCAGCGUACCACAUGACUGGUUAUUCCAGCAUGUGUCAUGCGUGAUUCACCACGGUGGUGCGGGUACCACUGCGGCAGGGCUUUCUCUUGGACGACCGACCAUUAUCGUUCCAUUCUUCGGAGACCAACAAUUCUGGGGAGGAAUCGUUGCAAUGGCUGGGGCCGGGCCGCAGCCUGUGCCUCACAAACAACUCACUGUUGAGAAGUUGACCGAUGCAAUCAAGACGGCACUAGAACCUUCAACUCAAGAGAAGGCGCAAGAAAUCGCAAAUAAGAUGCAGAAAGAGUCCGGUGUGCGGGAUGGGGUACGCAGCUUUCAUCGGCAUCUCAACUUGAAGACGUUACGAUGCACGAUAUGUCCCACCCGUCCUGCUGUAUGGCAUAUUAAGCAAACUUCUAUUGGGCUCAGCGCUUUUGCUGCAGCAGUACUGGUUGAAAUGGGGGCUAUCAAACCAGAGAAUGUUGCUUUAAACCGAGCAUCGGAAUACGACACCUACCGCAAUCCCGUAGGCCCUGUCAGCGCAGGAGCCCAGGUGCUAGUCGGAGCCAUUGCGAACUUUGUGACCGGGAUUGGCGAGGUCCCUUAUGACAUCGUUACUGAUUUCGUCACCGCCGGUCGUGCGAUAGGUCAGACUCGUGCCCAGACUGAUUCUUCAAGAAGGUUUUCGUGGAGGAAAUUCCGCAGAAGUCAAGAGUCAGAUACGGAUAGUGAUGAGGAGCAGUAUCAUGAAUCCGCCGAGUAUCAUGAACCUGCCGAUUAUCAUCAACCUGCCGAUUAUCAUGAACGUGCUGAGUAUCAUGGUCCCGCCGAGUGUCAAGGACUUGGCCAGUUCAAUAACGAUAACGAUGAUGAUAAUAACGAGGAUGGUACUGCUAUUGAUGAUGGGAUAAGUCUCGACCCAAACGACAACGAAACCGACAACGCGAGACACAACAAAAUGAAUCAUAAUUUACCGGCUAGCGCCGUUGGCCCGAGAAACCGCUUGCCGCGUGAUCAAGCGGAGCUGUUGAGCUAUCUAGAGUCACCCAGAGGGAAUGGUGUAAUCUACGAAAUACGCACUCACGGGAGUCGAAUGUCGAAGAAGUUUUUGAAAAAUAUACUCUGGCUCCCAACAGACCUGACUCUCAGCAUGUCCAAAGGGUUCCACAAUGCGCCGAGGAUGUACAACGACCAAAUGAUCAAAGAAACGCCAAAAGUUGUCGGCUUCCGGAGUGGACUCGAGGCAGCUGGAAAGGAAUUUCGAGAUGGCUUUUACUAUGGUAUCACGGGAUUGGUCACACAGCCUCGAUAUGGUGCCAAGCACCAAGGAACGAAAGGGAUGGUCAAGGGAAUCGGGAAAGGAAUUGGCGGUGUUUUCCUCAAACCACCAGCAGGUCUUUGGGGACUGUUUGGAUAUCCUUUGGUUGGACUUCGCAGAAAGCUUCAAAAAUCAUUAGGCAGGAGCCAGGAGCUUGGUAUUAUGGCGUCUCGGAUUGCGCAAGGUAUUGAAGACAUGCAGGCAUCGACUCCCGACGAACGCGCAGAUGUUGUUAGGAAAUGGCAUGUUCUUGAAGAGGAACUUCGUGCCUCUUACUGA